AUGGAUGGCCAACUUGGUUUUGAUGGGGGAAAUUCCUUGUCACCAUGCUUGGUAGAAAAUUUCUUUGAACAAGAAGCACAUACUUCUUCUCUGAAUGAUUCAGGUAGAGGAGAUGGAUCAGAUUUAAAGGUUUGUGCUGUCAAGGCCGGAUCCAUGAUGUCCCUUGCCAUUGAUAACGCCGGGGGUCUUUGGAUGUGGGGCAAUGUUCCACCUCAAGACAGCGGAGCUGAGCCUCGGUUGUCUUUAACAAGCGUCCCGGUUCCAUUUCCUAUACCGGAGUUCCAUGGACGGACUGUUUUGAAGGUAGCGUGUGGGGAUGAACACGUUGUUGCCCUUGUUGGUCCUAAGGAUAUCAUCCACAAAGACAACAGUUAUCAGGAAUCUGUUUUGUACUCUUGGGGAAGUAAUCAUCAGGGCCAGUUAGGGCUUGGGGAUAGAGAAAGCCGUGCAAGGCCUCAGAUUGUGGAGACGUUUAACCAGGACGCUGGUCUUACAGUCUACGACAUAGCUUGUGGAUCUCACCACACAGCUCUCCUCACCCACAGGAAGGAGGCACCAACAGGACCUAGCAUUUGCUGGACAUUCGGGUUUGGAGAAAAUGGUCAGCUUGGUCAUGGAAGUACCAAGAGCUCAUCGGUUCCAGAGCCAGUUUCAGAGCUUCCAGAGCAUGCUUACUUAGUAUCUGUGGACUGUGGGUUAUUCCACACAAGCGUGGUUUCAUCUGAGGGAUACGUGUGGUCGUGGGGAAUGGAGAGGGGAUUAGGGCUAUGCCCUGAUGUCAAUUUCGCUGACGUGGAAGCAGGAGAUGACAGUAUGCCGAGAAAGAUUUCGGGUGGGUCAAGAUUCCGUGACCCGGUUCAGGUUUCUUGCGGGGCUGCACAUACAGUUCUUGUGGCAAAUGGUGGUUACAAGCUUUGGUCUUGGGGAAGAGGGAGAAAUGGAGUGCUCGGGACCGGGAAUGUUACCGAUAGUUAUGUUCCCACUCUCGUCUUCUGGCCGAAUGAGCUGAAACCGAACGAUGAAGAGGUGCAUAAACCUGAUGCUGCUGGGAAAAGCUCGCCAACAGAGGAGGUUAAGAAGCUAGAGUCAAAGCUAAUGGUGAUGGAGAGAUAUGCAAGCAUACUCCAUGGAUCCAUAUUUGGGAAACCUUUCAACGAAGAGGAAGAUAUACCGUAUUCGUUGCGGGUUUCAGGGUAUUUCGAUAUGGGAAAAGAGUGGGGAGAGAUGGUGGAGAGUGCAGAUAAGAGUCAGCUUGUGAGGCUUCAAGCUUUCUAUGAAGACAUGAUUGGGAGGGUUAAGGACAAGUUGUUGCAGAAAAGGAUUCAGGAGAUUAUGAAAGAUUGUCUUCAAUCUUCAGCCCCUAGACACUAA